AUGUUGGUGAAGCUGCUCUUCACUGCGUGUCUACUACCAGGUGGAUUCGCUUGGACGGCAAGCCGCCAGACUGUUCCUGACACCGCAUCCCAUUCGUCGGGAAAGGUGAACGAGGUGCAGCUUGCACAGCUACGAGGUGCUGAGAGCCGAUUCAAUCCUGAAGAGAGCGCCACACUGCCCACAUGGGCACGCGCAGGACUCGCAGCAGUUGCUGUUUUGGCCGCAGUGGUGCUCAGCCCACGUGCUGCCUUCGCCGAGUCGGAGGUCAAGAUGUAUGUGGGUCAGGGGUGCUUCUGGCAUGUGCAGCACGAGGUGGUUAAGCAAGAGGCUUCAGAUCUCGGUCGCCAGCCCACGGAGAUCACAGCACUUUCAGGAUAUGCUGGGGGCACCGAGGUGGGCGGCAAUGGGGAGGUGUGCUAUCACAACAUGGCUAUGGCUCCUGACUAUGGCCGGAUGGGCCACACCGAGGUGGUGAAUGUCUCCGUCCCCGAGGGAAAGGUCGGUGCCUUUGCCAAGGCGUACUUCGAUGCUGCAGCAAAGUACCCUUUUGGCCGCGCAGAUCCUCAGGACCGCGGAACGGAGUACCGCUCGGCCAUUGGGAUUCCAGGCGGCAUGGAUGGACCUUUAUUCAAGGAGGUCGAAGCUGCCAACAAUGGCCGGCUUCAGUUAGUUCGCGGUCAGGGCAAUGAUGCAGACACCGUCGGUACGAAGAAAGUGUGGAUUUACGACUCGAACAGCUUUCCCUUCCACCAGGGUGAGAUCUACCAUCAAUUCCAUGACGAUAUGCUCGAGAGAUACCCGCAGGAGUACCACAAGCUGAAGAAAGUCUUGGUUGCUCAAGGAACAGUUCAAAAGGUCGCCUGCCCGGAGAUGGGCUUCUGA